AUGUCCGCACCAGCUGGAACCGCAAGAAUUAUACAGGGAGAGGGAAACUUUCUCACCCAGUUCAACGAUAAUGCAGUAGUAGGGCUCGGGCAGGAAAGGGAAUGGAAAAUUCGCCCUGCACACACCAACAAUGGUGACGCUAUCGUCAUUACUCUCAAGGACGACAAUAGCGAGGAGAAGUGCCUUACUCUCGAUUCCAAUUCCGACUCUGAUGUAAUAAACAUUCUUGUGAGGCCACUGGAAUCGCCACCAAGACCAGAGCAGAUGUGGACCAUUGAAGAUGCCAUUAUGCAGCCAAGGUUCCCACCGAUUGUGCACGGUAGGCUACAGAGUGUGGCAGAGCCUGCCGCAGUACCGCACGACGACGGCGACAUGGACAGGUUCAGAUGGCGCAUGGACUACAUGAGCAUGUCGGACUAG